AUGUGGAGCAAAUCCUCGCCGAAUUCCCCCGCACAUGAACUCAAGUGUAAGCUUGGUUGCACAGUGGAUGGCCAAAGGCUUAUCUGGUUCAUCAGUGCUGAUUUUGGAGAGAAGAUUUAUGAACGUAAUGACGGCAUUGGAGGCACCUGGAAGACAAACACGUAUCCCGGGUGGCAAGUAAGCCCACAUCUGUACGCGGGAAGGUGCGAAACUGACUCGACUUCUCAUCUCUACUCUUUCAGCAUCAAUCUGAACUCGAAUUGGUCGACCGAACUGUGUGAACAACCUGAGAUCCUCCAAUGUACUUCUAGUGUCGGAGUCGGUCUGUUGGCUGACUCUCAGACAGACCUGAACGAUACUGUUGACAAAUUCGAGCUUCGCCCAUUGAUCCACCUCGGCGUCGAGUGUUUGGGAGCCAAAUGGCAAGAAGACAGGAACGAAUGGGAGGUUUUCUUGAAGGACCACAAGAUCAACAUCAGCUAUUCGCGAUUUGCCACGAUCUUCAUCUCCGCUGUCGGCGCUCUGUCCACUCAGCUGAUACCAAAGAGUAUUAUUCUUCAAAGACCGGUGUACGAAGCUGGUCCUUGCUGGAGAAGAAAGUAUAUGCUUUCCGAGAAACCCCCAAAAGUAUCACAGCUUCACUAUCCCCGACUUCCCUCUUGCCUUAACGAGGAGAACGUUGAGCUGAUCAACCAAAGCAUCAAAGAAUUUGCCGAGACCAGUCUGAUUGAUAUGUCCGGAAAGGCAGCUGGUUUUAACAUCAUUGUCAUCGACUUCCUCCAAACCAUAAAGAUUGACGGCGCCGAUGGUGUAUCACUCAGCCAGCAAUGGCGCGAAUGUCGAGGGGCUCAGGCUUACUCGGGGACAUAUGUCCACAACUUCCCCAACUUCAGCGUCAUCUUGGUCAAGCAGGGUGCUAAAGAUCGCGAGACCAACAUCAUCCACACCAAGCUGAAAUCCAGUGUCUUCUUCUCUGGGUUGAUCAACGAGAACGGCCGCAAUAUCACCUCAUGGCCAGGAAAGGCCGAAGAAUUCUGGCGACGAACCCUUACCACCGACUGGAGCGCCUUCAAGCUCACAGGAGGUAAUAAGUGGUGGGUCGUCAACUCGUUCUUGCGUGAGAUCUCGCCUCGGAUCCAUGUCGAGCGCGACAUCCUGAUCCUGGCGAUCAUCGCUACGCUUGUUAAAAGCAACCACCUGGCACAGAUCGCCCAACCCAACAUCAAGUGCGUUGGCGAAGUUAUCGUCAAAAACGCCACCGAACUGCUGCGCUGUUAG